ACGCACGCACACACGCACACACGCAUCCAUCGUUACGAUACCAUUACCACCUAGCUCACCUGCUUCCCUCUCUCUCUCUGUGCUCCCUAGACCGUGACCGUGGCCGAGUUGCACAACAGUCGCAUUGCUGCACGAGGCGACCUGCGUCAGGACAUACGGGCGUUUCUACGACAACAAUAACAGCCAUCACUGCGCAUUUUGUGUUCAUCUCUCGAAGACAAAAUCCUCUCGGGGAGCCUGGCUGUCAUUCCAGACGCUAAUAGUGAUACCGCCGCACCAAUCAAGGGCGUCUCUAUCCCCAUCGAUCUAUUAUUACUUACUCCUACCACACCAUAUACGACCAUAUACAACGGUGCACUGCGUGGUACUGUCUCGUUCUUAUCUAGGCAAUUCUACAGAAACUCCCGGCCGUCCGCCCCCCCUCUUUGCUCCCAUCGGCUCUUGUUGAUCCUAUUCGUAUCCCGACUCUGCCUGCUUACGCGAACACACUGCUAUCUGCAACCCCCCAGAGGCGAAGGAGUCUAUCAAGAUCGAGCCAAAGAUCAAAAACACAAGGAAAACAAAUAUCAACAAUAAUAGCACUCGACCACUCAUAGCGGCAGAUACGCAAGUAAUCGUGCAGUUACGCCAAUCGGCAUCCCCUGCUAUCCGACAGCGCAUCGCGAUUUAGACCAGUCAGAGACAAUGGUCUCCUUCUCGUGUGAGAUAUGCGAUGAUGUUUUAACCAAGAAGAAACUUGACCCACACAGAAAUCGUUGUCGCGGCGCUACCUUCACCUGCAUUGAUUGUAUGGUCCACUUCCCCGGAACAGAGUACCGCGCGCAUACUAGCUGCAUAACAGAAGAGCAAAAAUACCAGGGUUCGCUCUAUAAUCCGAAGAGGAAGAAACCAAACAACCCUGAGCCGCCGGCUAGAUCGAACACCAUGGCACGCAACGCAUACGUCGAGGACGUAACCGAGGAGUACGAGGCCUACAAGUAUCAGAUUCAUGACUCGGACGACCACGACCAGGAGGCCGCUCAUCUGCCACCGGAAGCGCCCACUCCUCCGCCCGCUGUCGACGAUGUGAAUGUCAAUGUUUUCGACUUCUUGGUGGAUCAGACACCGGCCGCAUCUACCGUCGACGUGCAACAGUACUUCAGUCCGGUGCCGCCACCUAGUGGCGGUCGGCGGCUUAUUCGAUUCGACCAGGAUGAGGAUGCUGGUGACGAUUACGUGGACCCGACUGGGUAUAUGGUGGACAAUGGGGCCAUGGCCCACGAUCCCGCUCCUCUUCCCGCUGCCGGAUUCAAGACACCGGCCCCCAAAAGUCAGCGAAGAAGUACCGACGAUACCGAUCGCCAAGUAAAGAAGGAUAAGAAGCGUAAGCGACUACACAUCUCGACACCCGGAACGCUAAACAUUGAGGCGACACCCGGAGAUCAAGUGAUGACUGAUGCGCCGGCUGUCCUGCAUUCGGGCUUGACCGGUGGCCUCAACCGUCUCAUGCGCCCGCCUCAGUUCCCUCCGUCCCCUGAUUAUUCGGGAGGCGACGCUCGAGAGAACUCGCCCGUGAGCCCCAUUAAGAAGACAAAACAUACCAAAGCACCGAAGCCUAGGGAAUCAGACACUUCCCUGAGCGGCGGCCUAAAGGCUUUCCUGUCGGGCGCAUCGAAGUCCAAGGUCUCCAAGAAGCGAAGGCAUUCGUCGGAUAAGGAGAAGAAAGAAAAGAAGAGCCGGCAUCACCAUCGGUCCAGCUCCGAGAAGGCACCAAAACUGAUAGAGUAUCGAGCGAAAUCCGGCGACGAGAAGGAUGGAGAAUCCGGCCAGAUGAUCCUUUACCGGCCUCGGUCCGAUCUCUUCCUGAGUCUCUGCAACAAAGGACCGGAGAGUGAACGCGGUUGCAGUGUCAACAAGGCUCUGAAGAAAUACCAUCGGGAGCGAUCCUCUUCCGGUACUAGCUUGGGUAAGGUAACGGAGGAGAAGGAGUUAUGGCGAUCACUGCGGAUGCGUCGUAACGACCGGGGAGAGAUCGUCUUAUUCUCUAUCGAUGUGGACGCCGACGCCUAAUACCCGAGGCACACGAAAAAAAAAAAACAAAAAAAGAAACACACAAACACAUCGAAGGAAAGCAUCGAAGCGUCUCGAGCCGUUGGAAUGGGAUCAAGUCCUGGAGCCAAUCAAGUGUAGUAAAAGGGAUGGCGUUCGUGAUAACGGGUUGCAUUCGGGAACAUGAUACCUCAGGCGUGGGACGCGGGAAGGGACGGACAGAAAGACAGGUAAAAAAGAAACAUGGAUAUCUGAUCUGUUGGUGGUAGGGGCGUGAGGCGGGACACACUUUGACUUUUCUUCCGUUCACUACCUCAUCUCUCUCUCUUUUGUUUCCCCCCUAAUAUUUUGCUGCUUCUGAGCUGGACUUGGAGCUUCAUAGAGCAGCGAAGUGUUUCCAAUAGUGUCUUGUCUUUUCGGCUGGUCGGAUAUGGUUGGGGUUUCUGUUGUCGGCCGUGUCGGUUACGCGCUCACGCACUUACCGCACUCGUCUAGCUAACCCGCCUUGUGUACGCUUUUUAGAUGUGUAUCAUUCCCGAACGCUAUGUCUUGUUUAUCUGUAUGCUUAGGAAAGGUUGGGGGGAUAUGGGGGGCUCGAGGGCGGGUAAUGGGCUUCCUUGCUAAUAUGUUUCCUUGGCUGACGGAACAUGAAUUGUAUCUAGGAUGAUGGGAUCUAGAUAAUUUAGCUGGAACAAGAUGAAUUACUUCGGUGAAA